GGAAAAAAAGAGAGGAUAAAAAGCACUAGCCGUCCGGUGAUACGGCAGUUUUGGACUAAUCAUUGACGAGCUUUGAAUUUCAUGGCCGCCGUGCCCUCUAAUGAAGUUGUGCUGGAGGAGCUGAGACAUGGAUUGGCGCAGUUUGAGCUGGUUGCUUCUCUAGUUGCUUCAGUUUCUGCUUCCAGUUACAGGCCUCAGCAAAGAGGCCUAAACCCCUUUCAUGUUUUCUCUGGUGCUUCUGGUCAUCAAUCAUUUGCUAGAAUAGGACCCUCACUAGGUGGAGGUUCGCCAGCUUUAAAGAAAGUAGAACGUUAUUCAGUACAGAGAGUAACAGGUGAUGGCCGCUGUAUGUUUCGUGCUCUGGUAAAAGGGAUGGCUUUCAACAAAGGUGUGAAACUUAACCCUCGAGAUGAAAGAGAGGAUGCAGAUGAAUUAAGAAUGGCUGUAAAAGAGGCUCUUUGUGAUGAUGAGAAAGAGCGUCUUAAAUAUGAAGAGGCCUUGAUUGCCAUUACAGUUGAGGAGUCUUUGAGACAAUAUUGCCAACGCAUUGGACGAUCUGAUUUCUGGGGAGGAGAGUCAGAGCUAUUGGUAUUAUCAAAGUUGUGUUGCCAGCCAAUUACGGUAUACAUACCAGAACAGGAGCAUGGAGGAAGAGGCUCUGGUUUCAUUCCUAUUGCAGAAUACGGAGCUGAGUUCCGUAAAGGUUCAAAAAACAGAAAGGCCAGGAAAGCUGUGAGGCUUCUUUAUAGUGGUCGGAACCAUUAUGACCUACUUGUAUAGGAUCUUUGUAACAUUCAACAGAGUUUGAGCAAUGCACAAGUUUCUUACCAAGAGCUGCUAAAGCCAAAGGGGAGUUUGUGAAGGUUCCUAGUUGUGGCUAGAACCAUUCUGCACAUUUGAUAAUUUUGCCAGCGGCAUAGAAAUUUUGAACCGAAAUGUUGAUGAUACAAACUUGUUAUGUAGAUGUAUUUCCUGAGCUUCAUAACUAGUAGUAAUUGUAAAAGAAAAACUGAUUUUUAGAUUGUUCAUGUAGGAGACAAUUUAUGAAAUUCUCAUACUUGAAUUUUGUUCAUUGUUUUAUGAAGUGUUUCGUUAUUUCA